UGUACUCAACAAAGAAAACCAAACUCACACUAUCCCUACUCUCAGCGAAGAAAACCAAACCAGCUCUACCUCAGAUGAACUCCAGUUACCAGCUCUCAGACUCCAACCAGAAAAGCCUCGAAUCAGUCUCCUCCAUCGACAAGCCCGAGUCGUCUUCCUUAUCUGACACGAGCAUCACGACUAUCCGUUCACCUCAUUCCGACGGAGCGGUGAUACUUGCUUCGAGCAGGCCGAAGAAGCGAGCCGGUAGGCGAGUGUUCAAGGAGACUCGCCACCCGGUCUACCGCGGCGUGAGGCGCAGGAACAAUAACAAGUGGGUGUGCGAGGUCAGGGAGCCGAACAAAAAGACCAGAAUUUGGCUGGGGACGUACCCAACUGUUGAGAUGGCCGCUCGGGCGCACGAUGUGGCGGCAUUGGCCCUUAGGGGGAAGCAGGCAUGCCUCAAUUUCGCUGAUUCGGCGUGGCGGUUGCCCGUUCCGGCUUCCAAAGACCAGCUCGACAUUCGCAGGUCCGCCGCCGAGGCUGCUGAGACAUUUCGGCCUGAGGAAUUCGGCGGCGUCUCAAGCAGCUGCGACGACAACGAGAUGGAACAUGAGAAUGUGAAAAUUGAGAUGGACAGCGAGAAGAAGAAUGAUGGCUUCUACGAGGACGAGGAGAGGGAACACGAGAAUGAGAAGAAGAACGACGGCUUCUACGAGGAUGAAGAGGCGCUCUUCGACAUGCCCAGAUUGCUGACUAGCAUGGCGGAGGGUCCACUGCUCUCUCCGCCUCGUCAUUACUUGGACAGUAUCAACUGGGCAGACUAUCAGGUGGAAAGCGAGUCAAAUUUCAGCUUGUGGAGCUUCUAAGAGAACACGUGUCCGUCAUCAAGAUGGCACAGGUGUCCAGCUUGCUUUUAAAAUUCUAUUUUUAUUUCUGUCGAUGAUUUUUUUAUUCGUUUUUUUUUUCCACUGAAGCGCUUCAUAUCAGGAUUUUGGAUUUAGUACGUAAAGAUCUUGGAUUUAGUACGUACGACGAUGCACAAAUUUUCUAAUUAUGUACAAUUUUUUGCCCCAAUAAAAUUUGACUUUUGCUUUUUAUAGCAAACUAUGAUGACGUGGGUGAUUAGCGAUCGAGUUUCUUGUAGAUAUUUUGGAAUCCUCGUGGAUAUUUUGGUUAGAUAUUAACAAGCGGAAUAUUCUGUUAUGGUUAUAUUGAUUCUGUUACUGUUGGUUCUGGCUAGUUGGUUAUGACGUACUAGUUGUUUCAGUUGGCUAGUUUGCCUCUUGUGUGGGGGUCAAAAGGGUCUUCGUGUUUCCUUACAUUCUCUAGUUCUUUGAGACUUUGACUAACCGUUCGCUGUUUUGUGCUAUUCUGGGUUAUCCACUCGUCUCCUUUUGAUUCUCCUACUUGAACUAUCAAGCUAGCUACUGCAUUUUCAGUAUUUCUCUUCUGUUCUUAAUUGAAGAUCGACUAACAUGUGCCUGGAUCAUAAAAGAUUUAGAAUAGUGUGAAUUCCUACAGAUUUCAUAAUUUUCUCAUCCAAACGCACCCCAAGCUUUUCAUGGUAUCAAGAGCCAAGUCGAUCGGUGACCGAAAUUACUCAAGGAUUUGUUAAUAUUUCAGUUGUUCUUCAUCUAUUUGUUCAAAGCAAAGCAUCAAGAUCGAUAUACUUCAGUUACAGAUAAGUACUUCUUCAUCAAGAAUCAUCAAAACUCUUCAAGAUUCAGUGAAAUUAUUUGUUGAAAAUAGCUUUGGUUCCUAUCAACGAAGCUUAGGUUUUACUUUACGAGUACUCGAUUGAAGUGUUUACAUAAAAUCUCUAUUCAAUUGUGAAGAAUUUGGAUUUGGUACUUGAAACGCUAAUUUUCUACUGUUCGUAUCUCUGAGAGUUCGCGAUUUCUCAAUUUGAGGAAGAACUGAAGAAGAUAAUUUUCUUGAAAUCAUUAUCUUAUUGAAAUUUCGAUUUUCAGAAUAUAGUUGUUGAUAGAUGAAAAUUGGUGAAAGAAGUUAAAUUGAAGUAUGACGUCUAUGUUUGAUUGAUUAUUGCCAAGGAGGAUAGUGAUUUUAUUUAUUGGACAAAUAAUUGCAGCAUAGUUGAACUUUGAUAGAGAAGCUGAAGUUUUGGUCUUCGACUACAUUUGAACAGAAGUGAAAGAUUCCUACUGAUUUCGACUAGUGAUUGGAGUUCUGUUUCUUCUCGAUGAAUUCAAUUAUUUGAAAUGGUUAUUGUCCAAAAAUUGAAAUUUGGUAAGGAAGUAACAGUAGUUGAUGGAAGAGGAUAUUGUGCGGAUUGGAUAAAGUCAUAAAAACAAAGUAUGAUUACGGAACCUUUUACUGCUUAGAGUUGAAGAUUUUAAUUUUAGUUAAUUCCAGAUUUCUCUGUUUGGUUUCUUGUGAAGAAGUAAGAGGUACUAGUAUUUGGUUAUGUGAUUCUUGUUGUGGUACGACUUUACUACCAUUGCUCUCGUAAUCAUGAAUACCAAUCGGUUGAAUAA